AUGUCUUCUAGAGCCGAAGCAUGGGAUGAAGUGCAUAUGGCAACUAUGAGCCGAUGUCAACGAAAUUUGCGUUUGGAACAAAUCAAAAGGGUGUGGCGACAUCAGAAGAAUCGUGUGCGGCACAUACUUAACCUGGAGAAACUCACCUCAGAUGUUGAAGUCACACUUGAGGACGUCAUUGCUGCCAGAAAAGGUUUUAUGACCGACUAUGAAAUUGCCAUAGCUCGUGCCUAUCUUGAUGUUCCUCCCCGUUCCCACUCCCCCGGUAAUCGACGUCUUGAAGAACUUGAUCUCUCCUUCCGAAAACGAGCAGCUACUUCGCCAAGUCUACGAAUUGACGACUCCGUAUCUAGC